GCUCUCCCCGGCUUUAGAAAGGGCACCCAGGACUCUUUCCUUCGCGGCCCGGCUGGCUCUGAACACCGCCCCUGUUCUUGGGCGCUUCCCCCUCCCCAGCCCUCCCGGGGAAAGGCUAGUUUUUCAUGCGCACAGGGAGGCCUGUGUUCUCGGUUGAAAAAAACCCCGCAGCGGCCGCCACGGGCUUUGUGUUUCGUCCCGGGAAACAUUUCCCCGGGAGAUAAGGUUGCCCCCGCGGAGGCUCAGCCCGCCACUGCCCGGCCCGGCCCGCGUUAGGCCGCCUGGAUUCCCGACCCUUGGCGCUGCCAGGGACGAGCGGAGGCCGCCCGGGCCCCCCGGACUCCAGCGGCCCGGCCCGCGGGGCGCUGCCUCCCGGGCCGCCGAGGCUGGCUCAGACGCCGGCCCCGCCUCCCGACGGGCGAUGCGGAGGCCGGGGAGCAUCUGGCGCAGAGUGUAUCAGAAGAAAUCUCCAAGUCAAAAGAAAAACUACCUUCCUAGGAAAAUCACGUGCCUCCGUGGCUAUGCCCUUCCAAGCUAGUAAUCCUCCCCAAAGGAAGCACAUGGCUGUGUAUAUCCAGAAGUGGAGUUGAUACCUACUGGGCUUCACCAUGCAUCAUCUGUUCAGACUGGUUUUGGGACAAAAGGACCUUUCCCGGGCUGGAGACCUCUUCUCCUUGGAUGACUCAGAGAUUGAAGAGAGCCUGUCAGAAGCUUUGGAGCAAAUUAAAAUAAUUAGCUCAUCUUCAGACUAUUCGUUCAAUGGCAAUGAUCAAGCUGUGGUGGAGAUCUGUAUCACUCGCAUCACGACAGCCAUCAGGGAGACUGAGUCCAUCGAGAAGCACGGCAAGGCCCUUGUGGCUCUCUGGGAAUCCUGCUUGGAGCACAAUCUCAGCCCUUCCGGAAAAGAUGAGGACACGCCCCAUGCAAAAAUUGCUUCUGAUAUCAUGAGUUGUAUUUUGCAGAAUUACAAUCGACCUCCUGUGAUGGCAUUGGCAGUCCCAGUGGCAGUGAAAUUCCUCCAGAGGGGCAACAAGGAGCUCUGCAGAAAUAUGUCCAGUUACCUGUCCCUGGCUGCAAUCACCAAUCCAGAUCUCCUGGCUGAGUACACUGAUGCAAUAGUAAAGAGCAUCCUGCAAGGCAACUCCAUGUUGUUACGUGUCUUGCCUUCUGUGUAUGAAAAGCAACCCCAACCAAUUAACAGUCAUGUGACAGAGCUGGUGACCCUGAUGUGUCAGCUGGAGUCAACAGAACAACACCAUCUUCUCAGGCUGUUGCAGAUAGUUGCAAGAAGGAAACGGCCCAUGGUGCUUCAGGAAUGUAUUCCUCUCUUAAUUGGUCAUUUAAAGAACCCUACUCACAGUGAUGUUAUCCUAAAUAUACUCACAGAAAUAUCUAGCUAUGAACCAGCAGCUCUGAGUCAUUUUCUUCCAACACUAAAGGAUAUUGGGAUGAGCUUUCCCAGCCUGAUUGGACAAAUGGCAAGAAUCUAUGGAGCAGUUGGGCAUGUGAAUGAAGAGAGUGCAAGGACCUGUCUGACUUACCUGGUAGAGCAGCUGGCUAACAUGGAACAUUCCUCUCAUCAUCUCCUUUUGUUGGAGAUUAAGAAUCUCACCGACACCUUCUCUACUAUCCUGGGGACCCAAAGCAGAGAUAUCUACCGGAUGAGCAAUAGUUUCUCCGCCAUUGCCAAGCUUCUCAUUCAACACCUGGAUGGCAACAAUCACCAUAGAAGGAGGAUGGAAAGAGAACCUGAAAAGAAAACUUCAGAACCACUGGAAGAUCUCAAAUCUGCUGCAACUAAUGGAAGUGAAGAAAAUGAAAAGCUGCAAGUUAAGAUACAGGCUUUUGAAGAAAAAAUAAAUGAAGAGAGCAGUCCUCCUGGCUCUGCUCGGAGAUCUAGUCUAAGCCAAGUUUCAAAGGAAGAAAGGAAAGAUCUGAGAUUUAACAGGUCAAAAAGUUUAGCUUUGCAUGCAGUCCACCUAAACCAUACAAAUUCAGAGGACGAACGAGAUGUUAAGAAUGGAGAUGUAAUGGCCAGCAUCUCUUUUUCCAAAAUAGAUGGGCUUAGCCAAGAAAAUUAUAAGUCACCAUUUAAAGCAGAUACUGAAGAAUCGCAGCUGGAAGUUUCUUCAAUUUCACACCCAAGUAGUAAAUGGACAGAAUCUGAGAACUUGCCAGAAACAGUUAAAGAAAAUGGUCAUGAAAAAACACCAGAGACUACACGAAGUCAUGUGGAAUACCAAGAUAAGCUCUACUUGCACUUAAAGGAAAAUCUCAGCAAAGUGAAAGCAUAUGUCAUGGAAAUUGGGAGGAGUAUUCCAGUCCCAGAUCAGUGCACCGUUGAAGAUGCAGUGGGAAGUUAUGUGGCCAAGUUGUCCUUCAGCUGCACCUUGAAGGGUCAUUACUGCCUAUACAGUAAGUCCAGCUUUACCCUCGUCAGCCGCCAGCCUCAGCUCUGGAUUCAUAUCAUGUUUCUGUUUCAGCAGGGCUCAUUUCUGGAGCCGCUGUCCACACAAAGCCUGUCGGUGCAAGCUCUCAGAUCCUUGUGGGAAAAGGCCCAGAUAAAAGGAACCCACAGUUUUGAAACCGCGAUGAUACAGUCUCCAUUUCCCCAUAAGAAGGACCUGGACCAGGUGCAGCAACAUCUGGAGGAAGUGAGGUUCUUUGAUUUGUUUGGCUUCAGUGAGGAAGCAGGCGCGUGGCAGUGCUUCAUGUGCAAUAAUCCAGAAAAGGCAACAGUUGUAAAUCAAGAUGGCCAGCCUCUCAUAGAAGGAAAACUGAAAGAGAAACAAGUUAGAUGGAAGUUCAUUAAGAGGUGGAAAACCCGUUACUUUACCCUGGCCGGUAAUCAACUGCUGUUUAGGAAAGGAAAGUCUAAAGAUGAUUCGGACGACUGCCCCAUCGAACUGAGCAAAGUCCAGAGCGUCAAGAUUGUGGCCAAGAAGCGCCGGGACAGGAGUCUCCCCCGGGCCUUUGAAAUUUUUACUGAUAAUAAGACUUACGUCUUCAAGGCCAAAGAUGAGAAAAAUGCUGAAGAGUGGCUUCAGUGCAUUAACGUGGCGGUGGCUCAGGCCAAGGAAAGGGAAAGCACAGAAGCCACCACCUAUCUGUAGCCAGCACUGCCGGAGACAGCUCAGCGAGGCUUCUGUCAAACCGGGCAGGGACAGACUCGCCCAUCCUGGAGGCUCACUCCUAACUCUCGGAGGGUCUGUCGUUUCUAAGAAGCAGGUCCUCGGGUGGAGAGGCUGGGAUCUUUGACCAAGGCUGGAGAUGGCCACAGAGAAAAGGGGGGUUUGAAAUAAACUCUUGUUUGGUGUGGGGCAGGAAAUGGCCGUGAUCAGUGAUCCAAGGACUUUUUGGACAACACUGAAUUCUUUAAAAAAUACACCUAAAGUGGAUUACAGUUAAUUAUCAUGAAUUCAAUUCAGCAAAUAUGUAUUGAACAUCUACAAUGUGCAAGGUGCUGUUCUAUGCACUGAGGAUGAUAAGAACCCUCAAUAAAUUUAGGGUAUAUAGUGAUGGGGGCAAGGGGAGUAUGAAACAUGAACAUACUUAUUUUUUAAGUAUGUCGCAGUUGGAAUCCUUUCUGCCCUUUGUGCUUAGCUUAAACAUCACCUCCUAGGAGAAGGUCUUUUCUGAACUCUCCAGUUAUCAAGUAUACUCCUCUGAGUAUACAGAAAUUAUUUUGUAUUUACUUACUCGUUAGUCUAUAUGGUUUAUAUUUACUAUCUAUAAGGUAGUCCCCUCCCAUUGGAAUAUAAUUUCCUUUAUUUAAUUAACUCUGAUUUAUAGCUUCCCUACCACAGAAAAGAACUUAUAAAGGCCACCUUCUAAUCAUCAAUCAUUCAAGAAAUGGAGUAACAGAAUUAGUGGACACUAGAGCAAAAGCUACUGCUUAAAAUGUUAUUUCUGAACUUAUUGAUGUUCUUUUCUCCCUUUGCACCAAUGUGGCUAAUGCAGUAUUAACCAGUCAUCACCCUAAACCAGUUAUAUAAUUAAACAUUCAUCAUUCAGAGAUUUUUCUCCAAUUACUUUAAGUUUAUAUGAUACAGGUAAUGCUUUAUAGGAUUGAAUCUCUUUUCUUGCAGAAGCAGCAAAUGGAUUCAACAAAGCCAGACCAUUCCAGCCCAUUCGAUUCAGUGACUCCUAAUUUCAAUCAGAAACAAAUACAAAAUCCUCUGUUUAGAUUUUUUAAGUCCCCUCCACUACUCAGUUCCCCUCCACAUACUCAGUGAUACACUGACUGGCCUUCUCACAGUUCCUUGCAUGGGAUAUUUCAUCAUUUGACUUCAUUCAUUUCCAGUUAUUGUUCCCCAAGCCUGGAAUUGUUCACCUCCUCAUUUCUCCCUCCUGAAUCUUCCAGAUUCAGAUUGAGGUCAAACCCCAUCUUCUUCAUCUUUGUCAUCUAGUUCUUUACCUAUAAUAGUGCCUUCCAUUUACCUUGUGUGCACUAUUUUUUAUCAUGUCAUCUCCUCUAAUAGAAUGUGAACUACUCUAGAGCAAGGACUGUUUUUGUUUUUCUUUAUAUCUCCAGUGCCUGAAAUUUAAGGAAGUACUUAAUCCCUGCUUGUUGACUGAUUGUCCCCUGGCAUGUACAAGGCAGAGAGAGUACGAGAAAGUAUACCCACAGUAACAUUAAUGGCCCCAGUUCUCUUUAGAGAUACUAUCUCAUUAAAAAUGUCCAAUUCGGAGGAAUCCUUUACUCUCUUGCCUUCAUCUUCUUUCACCCAUAAAACUAUAGAAAUCUGAGCCAAAAAUAAUUUGCUGUUUAGAUAUUUUAAAGAAUUCUUCCCCGAAAAGUACAAAGACCUUUGAGGUUUUAUUUGGAAAUCUAUGAAAAUUAACCAAGCCAUCCUAAUCGUUCCUAGAUGUUGGAACUGAUUAUUAAAACUAGGAUCAUAAUAAAUAUUAAGAUAGUGUUAAGUGACAUUGCAUGCAUUAUUUAUAAUUCCAGUGCCAACAGAAUGCCUUGACAAGGCAGGAAAACAGCAAUGAAAUCCUAACAGUUUACUGAUUUAUAGGGAGAGAGACAGAGACACAGAGAGAGGGAGAGAGAAAUAGAGAGACAGAGACAGAGAAACAGAGACAGAGAGAGGGAAAUUGAAACAUUAAAUCACACAGAAAGAAGACAAUAGUUUUUGUUGAUUGAGAACAUGAGAGAAUGGAUUCUUUCUGUGACUUGUUACCAAGGAUCUGUGAUUUCAUCACCUGACAUUUGGGGCCCACACUAAUCUCCUUGCCUUUAAACCAGAUCUAGUGGGGAAUACACGGGCAAAGUCUAAGUGAGUGAGAGUUCUGGUUUCACUCUGGUAGACAGCAUUUCCAAGCAUCCGCUGGCUCCCCAGACUGCAGAAUCUAACUAUGGAUCUCCAAAUAAUCAGCUCCCCUGUGGUAUUUUUUACUGGAAUUCCUACUGCUGUGGCUGGCCAGGCUCAACUUGAGAUCGGUCCGCAUCCCAAGAGGAGGGUUGCCAUUCUUGAUCCUGAUCUGGGCAGAGACUGCUUUUGUAAACAUUUCUGAACCUUAAAACAAAAUGUUUUGAAUUAAGUUAGAACAGAGAUUCAAAUGGUUCUCAUUUUUAUUCUCAUUUUGAUGUUGUUUUCCACAGAAAGCCUGGGGCAACUUGCUUUAUGUAAGUGAGACCUGAGCCCCAAAUCCCUUCAAAGCUAGAUUCAAAUGUCAGAUCCAUGAAGUCCUUCCUGAUCCUCCUCCAUCAUUUAUCUUGUAUUCCCUUAUCUGUGUGUACCGACUGUGUCCUUGCCCCAAUAGAAUGUAAGCUUUUCGAAGGCAAGAAUGAUUGAAAGCAGUGCUCUACUUCCAAAUUAUUUUACAAUUCUUUAUCUGCGUACAUAUUGUCCCACUUGAUUAUUCUUACCAUGAGAAAAUCUUCGAGUAUAAUUAUGUCCAAUGCAGGCUUUCCCUAGAUGAGAACACAAUAGCAGGUUCCACAGAUGAAGACAAAAAGGAAGAUACAUGGGGAACACUAGAUUUCUGCAUUAAUUAAAGUGAUUUUCUGUGUGCAAGACCCCGCAGUGUAACCAGUAACUCAUUAUCAUUGCACCCAGCUCUCGGAGAUCAAGGUCAGCUUUGGAAACCUCUCACUAAAUUGCUCUUUUAACUCCAACCCCUUCCUCCCCUAGGAAUGAAAGAAUUGGAGCCAUCACAAAGAAAAAAAAUUCCAGCUCCUUUUCAAGAACACAGGGUACCAUAAUGUCAAUGAAAGGACAGACUUCAUUGUUCCCAGCAGUCAAUAAAGGCAAAGGCAUUAUGCUAAAACCCAUAAAUGGUCAAAUUCACUCUCCUUUGGUGAGCUUCCCCUUACCCAGAGACCUAUUCACUUGUUUCAAAUGUCCAGUAUCUCCGUAAAUGUGAGGAUUCCUUCUUAAAGAAAAAAAUAGCCUGGGGUUCUAAAUUGUCUUGUGGGAUUUUUGGUAAAUAUUCAGGCAGCUGGGUUUUAGUAUGAUUGCUUUCUUUUUAAUUUUGUGAAUUUUAUUUUAUACUUUAUAAAAUAUUGAUUUGGAGUCCCUAGGCUUCACCACUGGGCCAAAAAGUAUAAUGACUUCUAUUCUAAAGAGACAAGCCCCUCUUCCAGACUUUCACCAUCCAUGUGGCUCACAGUACCCCUUGAAGGGUCUCCAGUCUUCUCACUUCUCCAUGAUUAUUCUUUCUAUGGGCAGAAUCAUGCAACCAAACUGAGACCACCACCAUCAGUUCUUAUCCUCACCUUAAACCCCUGCAUAGAUUACACAGCCUCCCUUUCCUAGUAAGGAGCACAAGUGCCUUUCUAAAAUCUGUUUCCCUUUCUUACUGAGCUUUUCCUAAUCCUUCUAAAAAGAAACAAACAAAUGGGAAAUCAUACAAUUAUUCAAACUUUUCCCCAGGACUAGACCUUUCCUGAUGGAAAGAUAUUGACAAAAAUGUCCAGAUUUGGCCCUUCCUAAAAGGUGUGAAUGAGACGAGUCAAAUUAUGGAUGAUAUUCCCAUCAUCACCAGUGGAAAAUGGUAUUCCAAGAAAAGUCUGCCCGAGUCUUUGUUGCACUGAGUAGACCUUGUUACAGAAUGACUUUAGACCUGGACAAAAUGUGUCUUUUGUGCUCUUCCUUUCUCCUUUUCCUUGCUGUGUUACUUUAUGUGAGUUCCCCAAGCUCAGGAGGUCCAGUUCUAUUAGCCUUCCCCCCCCACAAUGGCUUCCCACCUGAGAUUAGCCUUUUGGCCAGAUUUUUCCCGCCCCUCUUUCCUCCCUCAAUUAAAGUUUAUUUCCUUGGUCCCAUUCAUUCAAGGAUCUGCAAAGUGAUUCUCUCUACUGGGCUAUAGGUGAUAAUACCUUACAGCAUGUGCACCUUUAACAGGCACCUGCAAUAGCUUAAGCCAAAGUAUUGAGUAGUUUCAGAAUUUUGGUGCCAUGAAGGGUGAAUGGCAGUAGCUUUGGGGGAACAGAAACUCUAGGAUUCUAGUUAGGAAUAAAGCCAGAGCCCCAGGAAUUUGUCCCAUCCAUAAAUACCCCAGGGGAUUGAGCUAAAUGAGAUUUUGCUUCCAAUUUCCACAUAUUGGGUAUAAAAACAAAAAGUAAACAAAAUUUGGGAAACACAAUUUCUAUGAAAUUUUACUUUUCUUGAGCAUUUUUCCAUAAAAUGCUACCCAGGACAUAUUGUACUCAUUAAUGUAGUUUCUUUCUGUUAGGAAACUGCCUCUUGAACUUUAUAAUGCUUAGAACAAAAACAAAAUUUUACUGCCCUUUAACCAACAAAAUCAUUUGAGUUCCACUGAAAACUAAGGGUUUAAAUGAAUUCAUAACUUAGCAAAAAAUAUUUGUGUGUGUAUAUAUAGGAAGGAGGGAAAGAGGAAAAGAGAGACAGAAACAGAGAUAGAGACAGAGAGAGAGGCUUAAGGUUUGCAAAGCA